UACCUAAGAGGUACCGAAGGAGUGAACUCGUUAAAUUUCUUCAACUUUUCUUCCAUUUGUAUUAUGCUACUGUAUUGAGAGCAAAAAGGGAUAAGAAGAGAAUUAAGAAAACUUAAACCCAAGUAAAGUUUCUCAUUUGACUCCCUCCUUGCUAACAGUUCAAGGCAGUAGCCAAAAUGGGUCAAUUUCAUGUGAACCGGAGAGGCUUGGCAAUGGUAGCAUGGACAGUCUUUAUGGUUCUUGUGAUGAUGACCAAUGUGGGUCUUGCAGAGAGAUUAUUGAAAGACGAAAGAAACCACCAAGUUUCCAAAGAAAACGAAAAAACACGAGGGCUUCUACUUAAGGUUGUCAGCUUCCUAUGGCAAGGUGGCAAGUCUGCCUACGAACCAGUCUGGCCGGAGAUGGAGUUUGGUUGGAAAAUAGUUGUGGGAACAAUUGUUGGAUUCCUUGGUGCAGCUUUGGGUAGCGUUGGAGGGGUUGGUGGUGGUGGGAUUUUUGUUCCAAUGCUCACUCUCAUCAUAGGUUUCGACCCCAAGUCUUCCACUGCCAUUUCCAAGUGUAUGAUAAUGGGUGCAGCUGGAUCAACAGUAUACUAUAACCUGAGACUUAGGCAUCCAACACUGGAAAUGCCUCUCAUAGAUUAUGACUUGGCGUUGCUCUUCCAGCCCAUGCUUAUGCUUGGAAUCAGCAUUGGAGUUACCCUCAAUAUCAUGUUUGCUGAUUGGAUGGUCACAGUUUUGCUUAUCCUCCUCUUCAUUGGUACUUCGACUAAAGCCUUAUUCAAAGGUGUAGAUACAUGGAAGAAAGAGACAGUGAUGAAAAAGGAAGCAGCAAGGUUAGAAGCUGAGGUGUCCAAACUAGCUGAUGGAGCUGUUCAAGAUUACAAAAUGUUACCUAGUGGCCCAAGCACCAUGCCUGAUGAUGAUAUUUCUCUGAUACAUAACAUAUACUGGAAAGAGUUAUCGCUGCUCGUUUAUGUGUGGAUUGGUUUUCUUAUCGUUCAGAUUAUUAAGGAAUAUCUUCAAACUUGCUCGGUCAUGUAUUGGAUUGUGAACUCUUUGCAGAUACCCAUUGCAGCCUCUGUAACAGUGUUUGAAGCCAUAUGCUUAUACAAAGGGAGAAGGGUGAUUGCAUCAAAAGGAAAAGAAAUCACAAACUGGAAGAUAUAUCAGAUUCUUUUUUACUGUUCUUGUGGCAUAAUUGCUGGUAUGGUUGGUGGUUUGCUUGGACUGGGAGGUGGCUUCAUCUUGGGUCCUCUUUUCCUUGAACUUGGAAUUCCUCCUCAGGUAGCUAGUGCAACAUCAACGUUUUCAAUGGCAUUCUCAUCCUCAAUGUCAGUUGUACAAUAUUAUCUUCUCAAUCGUUUCCCAAUUCCAUAUGCUGCUUAUUUCGUUCUAGUCGCCACCAUAGCGGCUUUCACCGGCCAGCAUGUAGUCCGAAAAAUUAUCACAGUCCUCGGACGAGCAUCGAUAAUCAUCUUCAUACUGGCUUUAACCAUCUUUAUCAGUGCAAUCAGUUUAGGUGGAGUUGGCAUUGCUGAUAUGGUUGAAAAACUGGAAGAUGAAGAGUACAUGGGAUUUGAAAACCUUUGCAAGCUCUCUUGAGUCCUUUCUCUCUCUCUUUUUUUUUCCUUUUGUAUUUUUUACUUUGACUUAUUACAGAUGGAAUUCUCAGCAGAGAACAAGCAAUUGCAUUGAACUUAAAGUUAAAGUAUUUGUCAAUUAUUUCCAACUAAAGAUUUGGGUUUUGUUAUAUGUUCUUGUCCAGUCUAUGCAAGAAACCUUCUGCAGUCAAAUGUUUUAUUUUCCAUUUUUUUCCCUUUAAUGGUUUUUAGAUUAAAAUAUAUAUAAAGUUUUGUUUAAAUGUAAUUGGUCAUCCAAAAAAUAUUUGUUAUUUUAAUAAAAUUGUAAUAUAAAUUAAUAUUUAUUAAAACAACCAUUGUGGUCUAUUGAAAUAAAAUUUGGAUUCGGGUGAGAAAAGCAUUAAUAUCCGUAAGGUACUUAUUAUUAGAACGGUACCAAGUUAUGAACAGCAUUCUAGCAUAUGCAGACUGCUCAGUCAGGUGGGCUCUGAACUCCAAUCAACACUAGCGCCAGAAGUGGUCAUCACCCUUUUCCCUCAGUCAGGUGGGUUCUAAAGCUACACAUAGAUAUUUUUUUCUAUACAGUAUAGAUUCUUUUCAAUAUCUUCGUCCUUCUUGACGAAAAGGAAGAGAAAACUUAAAGAUUAAGAAAAUACAAUAAUAAAAAAACCUCCAAAUGAAAUUAUGGUGAAAGUUGAAACAAUUACCUAGAAAACGCAUGUGAUGCAGCUAUAUACGUAUCUUUCGAGAGAACCAACGGCGUCGUUUUCAAUCGCACUGAGAGAAGGACAGCGCAACGAAGAACGGACGGUAAAGAUGAGAUGAUAACACAUCCCCAAUUUGCGUAAUAACAACGCUAUUUCAUUUUAUCAGAAAAAAAUAAAAAAAACAUAACGCCAACUUCAUAACAACCACAUUCUUGACGUGGCGCACAGCUAUUGGAUGGUGUCUGCCAAAAUUCUUUUACCCUUUUUCCUCAAUUAAAAAAGAUGCCGACUUAAUACACGUGGAUUAACAUUAACCAUUCAUCUUUCCAAACACUGACCGUCCAUUCUUCAAAAAGCCGCCUAUAUAUUUUAGGUUUUGUUGCAAAGAAAAUCUCAUUCUAAAUUUCUCAUCUCCUCUGUUAUUUUCUGUUCCUUCCCGCCGUCUAGUUCUUGCAAAAGUUCAGAUCUAUCUUCUAUGAUUCCUUAUGCGAGGUUUGUUUCUUCAGAUCCGGUACCACAGUUUCAUGAUCUUCUCUUUGAUAUCAGAUUGUUGACGAGGGUUAACGUUGUCUGAUCUAAUGCUUUAAAAAGUCCUUAGACGGCAAGAUCCAAAGGUUUGCAGGAAUCGUUAUCUAUUUGAAGAGAUAUAUCUUCCUAAGGAUGGUGAAAGAUUUGAUCUCGCCAGAGGUGGUUCUUGUUCUUGAUCUUAGGAUCUAUCGUAGUAGAACAAGUGAUGUUCUGAGAUAGCGAUGUUGGAUCGAAAGGUGGUUUAUGUUUGAAAGGAUGUGUAAGAUGUCAGGUCAGAGGUCCUAAUUAUUUUGAAAAUAAGAAUAGGGCUGAGUCCUGAUCUAUCUUUGUCAUCCAAGACCUUUGCCAUGUCGGGUGCGCUUGCAUGGCAGGUCACCGAAACUUAAUAAAAAUUCUAUUUUUUCGGUGUUUUCAGGGGGAGUUCGCACGGGGGUUGCCCGGGUUCUCCUCUCUGCUGUUGUGUCUCGUGCCUCUUUACUUUUUUAUCCUUUCUGCUUACCAUUAUUUACUUCAUAUACGCUGCAACAUACGGGAUGGAUGCAUGAUCCCACAUCAUCAUCACCAACUCGGAAUAAGCUGUCGAAGCAAUUGAUCUUCAACCACUUGCAAACAUCAAACCCAAGGUAUUUUUUACGUAUUCAAAACAAAAUUUUAGUUUAAAAAAUAGACAUUUGCUAGUUAUCAUGCCAGUCAAUUUACCAUUAACUUUGACAAAUAUGCACCUAACUAUCCUUGGGUUACCAGGAUAAGCCGGAUAAGGAUGAGAAUCGUAUAUAUCUUAAACAUAGAUAUAAUUUAUAAUCAAUUUCUAAAAGCAUCUUUAUCAAUUCUAGAUUUUUGGUACUUGUCUUUAUUUUUAAAAACGGAGUUAAUUAUUUUCAAAUAACGAUUUUGAUAACAACUUUUAAAUUUAUUUGAUUUUUCCUAACUGACCGUGUUCUUUCACUGUAUAUUUUAGGAGUUUAAUUAUAUUACCAAUAAGUUUUUUAAAAUUGUUAAAAUAAGCUAUUCAAUUUUGAACUUCUCAUGGUCUUAAAAUUUCAAGAUUUAUUUUUAAUAUGUUUGUUUUAAUAGCUAGUUGAUCUAAUAAGAACAAGAGUAUAGUAUUCAAGUGGUGAUAUGUCGGUUAGAUUUUGUUUAGAAAAUUCGGUACUCGUUUUUUUAUUUGCCUUCACACAUCCCAGCUUAAAUAACCCAAAAUAUGCCAUGGCUUAGGUAGAGCAAUUAGGCAAUAACUGUUUUUAAAUGUAUUCAAUGGUAUGUCCAUUUGAAUCAGCUGAAAAUUUCACCAAUUCCCUUUGCAAAGUGCUUACUAAAAUACUGGAUUACAUUUAGGCGGAGACGGUAAGGAUUUCCCCGAUAAAGUAGGUAUCUUAAUACAAUGAUCAAUUUCCCAGUAUCAAUCCUGGUUCCAUGUAAUUGCCUAUGCUAAUUUCUCAUUUUAUCAUUAUUAUUUUCCUUUUAAUGUAUUAUCCUCGUAUCUAUUUUUCUCCGAACUGCGUAUUUUGAGAAUUUUUUUAGUACGUGUACAUGUCUUGUAUUGCCCUGUAGUUGUUCAGGCUCUUGCAUGGGCCUUUAUUAUUCAUUGCGUUGAAGGUUGUAGUUCAUUUACUAGCUGUUGAAGAUAUUGACGGAAGUUGUAUCAGCAGUGAGAAGAGGUAGUUUGUGUAUUGGGAGUUUGCAUAUGUCAGCUUUGAUUAGCAUCGGGGAUCAAUGUAUUUGAGCUUUGGUCGAUUUUCAAGAUUUAUGGAUUUAUAGAGAGUGGAGCUUGGGACGCACCAGAUGAAGAGCUCGAUGCUUUUGCGGGUUCUAUUGGUAGAAGGUCUUCCAUCAUUUUCCUAGUUCUUGAAGCAUUGAAGUCAUUGCAUAUAUUGAAUCCUUGAUUUUUUACAUGGUGCAGUUUUCUACUGGGAUUAGUUCUGAAGAAGUGUUUGAUACGAGAGGUACAUAUGUCAAAUGUGUAACCGGUUCCAUUUACAUAUUAAAAAAUUUUCAGUGGACUUCGGUCCCGUGGUUUUUUCCCCUUUAUGGGGUUUUCCACGUAAAUUUGGUGUCUUUCUUAUAUUCUUAUGUUCAUUCGUUAUUAAGCCGAAGGUGAAUCGCGUCACACUAUUGAUUCCAUUCGAAGGUAUGAAAAUAAAUGAUAUCCCAUUAAUUCUUUCUACUAAAA